UGCAGCUGUAUUGUCUUCAACAAUACGUUGUCGGUCGUCACAACACACAAGAGUGAGCCCACUUCAUAAAUAUACACAUUAUAGCAGCUUUUCAGAAUGUGUGACGGAAGUAUUGUUACAAUUAAAGGAAUAGUGGCUGGAUGACACAUUCAAAGUUCUCCAUACUAUGCAGGGGAGAUAAGAAGAGAUUUUAUUCUCGACACUUACCCAAGAUUUUGCCGUGGCUCAGGCACUCUGAGAUUUCUCUGUUACUGCCUCAAGGUAAUAACUUGUAUAAGGAAUAUGCUUGAGGAAGCGGUACCACUCCUUGCCGAUGAAAAUGAGGCCACAGAACACAGGGAUUCCAUAGACGAGAUUCAGAGCAGAUACUUGUCAGCUGAUAACGAAUAUCAUGUCUUCAUAUCAUACAGCUCAAACGACGCUGAUUUCGUCGAACAACUAAGAAGACAUCUUGAAGAAGACCUGAAAUUUAAGUCCAUGCUGGAUGCACACUUUACACCGGGCAAAUCAGUUAUAGACAAUAUGUCCAACUCGUACGACAAAUGUGAAAAAGUGCUCUUCGUCGUGUCAGAACAUUUCUUGGGUAGUGGAUUCUGUGAGGAGGAGGUGAAUCUUGCAUACCAAUAUGCAAUGGAGAAAAAACGGAGGGAUUACAUAGUUGUACUGAAAAUAGAUGAAAGCCAACUAGACAGAAAACUUCGCACAUAUACAUACAUCGAUGGAGUCGACCGCGAUAUUGACAAAAUCGGGAGGAAAUUUCAAAUGGCAUAUGCUAGAUGCGGUUCAGCUGCUGUUGACGAAGAGAAUAGUAAUGGAACCACAAUACUGGUUAAAUAUCCAGUGGAAGAGUCGCCCAACCUGUUUGGGGGGAUGAACUAUGUGUUCCCUGACCUUUCUGAGGAUGAAAUGGAAAAGCUAAGAUCUUCUGACAUAGAGCAUUCAGCGACUUGCUACAAAGCUAUUCAAACAGAAAUCAACCGGACUAGGCUACUAAAUCGAUACUCAAUGGUUGAUGGAUGUACAGUGAUGAAAAAACGGUGUGUUUUUUGUGGAAUGUUCACGGGAUGUUUAGCGUUUCUAUGUUCCAUUUUGGCCAUCACGUAUUGGGCAAACGGUUUUCUCAGAAGCCACUGGUUCUGGUUCGCGGGUGUGGUUGUGGUAUUAGUUUUAUCCUUGUCUUGCUCUGCUGGAAUCGCCAUAAUAUGGACCCAAAGGAUUCUGAAAAAGAUAUGCGACGGGUUGAGAUCCAUUGCCAAUACCAACAUGAACUUGAAAAGUAACAAAUACAUCCUUUUGUCAAGGAAGGAUUUUAACGGUUUCCAUCUGAUGUUUAUUUACUACGACAUCGCCCCUUGCUGGGAAUUCUUUAAAGGACAUGUGGAGUGGUCGGAUACUUCUCAAGAAUAUACAAAUAAAAUGUGCAGGUGGAUAUUCACGCAGGCCAUUGUGUUAUAUUACGGUGGCCAACACAAUAAUAUCACGGUGACAAAUAACCCAAGGCAUCCGAUGGGGACAUUUCAUAGCUGCCUCUGUCAACUGUUAGACAUCACAAGGACAGAAAUUAAUGAAUCUGAAAGACUUAAAGCGAAAACCCUGAAGAGUCACACCGAGGAUGAAGAGACGUGUGUAAUGAAAAUCGUUGGAUCAGAACCAGCUGACAACGUGUCGUGUGCAGAAGAAACGGUUGAAAUAUGAAACGGCAGUCAGUGACAAGAUAGUGACGUCCUACAAUUGAAAUGUGUGGACCUUAAAUGUAGUUCAGUAGAGAUGCUUCAUUAUAAAAGUUCGCUAAUAACAGUCACUGUUUGAGGUCUGUUGAAAUUGCCACAAGCUAUACUCCGGCUUAAAACUUAAAAACUAGCACGAGUACUUGAUUUCCACUACUGGUCGUGUUGUAGGGAAAUACGAACGUUUGUUUCCCUAUCACAAGGGCAAUACAAAGUUUAUUAUGCCGACAUAAAACAAUAAUACAAAUAUCAAAGAUGAUCAGGUUAACGCGCCGUUGUUGUCAUCUACUUCAGCCGUCAGUCGGAACUCAGAUGUGGCGACCCCGUACACAGUCUCGCAUUAAUAUUCCUGCUUCCGUUAUUGUCUUGACGAUACAAAACGAGCACAAGCCAUAUCACAAUUGACUCGCCACUCCAGACCCUGUGGUAUCACGAUUUUCUUGAUAGAUGUCUUUGUCGCCAAUUAACUUUCUGACUGUUUUGGUUGUUAACAAGCUGUUGUCACCACAUGAAGGAUAUGAACUUUUUUUUCCGUAUAAUUUCACACAAUUCUGUUAAAUAUUACAUGUAUUUGUUGAUUAUUACAUACGUUUGAAGCAUAUGGCCGAGAACCAUUUUUGUAUGAGUGUGAAGCAAAAAAUGAUGGUAAUACCAUACGCAACUGGCAUUGGUCACGAUAGUGUCAUUUACUCGAUUGAUGGUAUUUUGCUCGGAUAAUAUGGCCAGGUUUUAAAACAAUAUUGGUAACCAAAAGUAAUAUGGGUUUGAAGUAGUGCAUGUACUAAAAAAUCUGCCUUCCUUUCAAAUGCAAAUAGUCAUGUAGAAUAUUGAACUAGCUUACCCUGAUCCUUGGUAAAAAGAAAACUAUUCUGUCUCACCUAUAUAACAGCGUAUCUGAUUGGAAUUUGUGAAUUACAUGACGGUAAAAUAAAACAUUUAGUCGUUUUCACGCGCUCAAGAUUCCCUGGUCAUAUUGUUAU